UCUAUUUUCUGAGACACGUGAUGGUGGUCUUGCAGAACUGACAGAUAGGCGGAGGCGAGAGAUGUAACGCCACUGUACUGUAUGUAUCCUCACCCUAGAGCAGCAAUUUGAAAAAAAAGAUUAACAACUUUCUGAAAAUAUUAAAGUCUGCAAACCGAACUAGAGAAUGGCCCUGGCAGCCUGUUGCAUGGUUUGUUGUAGAAGUAUGAGUACUGCUGGCCCUGCUGAAAAAAGACCUACACUGUGGAAGUAUAUCAGGAAACUUGCAAAGAUUACCGGAGCGGUUGUUUUAGGAGGCUGUGUUUUUAUUACUUAUGAGGUGGUUGCACUAAACAAACGUGUGACCCUUGAUACCCAAGCUACACAGAAAGAGAAGCUUAAGUCCUAUAUUUAUCUAAACACCACCCCUUUCGAGGAAAAGGAGACCUUUGGUUUGUUUCCAGGUAUCACAUACAAAAUCAGGAAGGAACUGCACAGGGCAGUAAGAAGAUUUCUGGAAACUUCUGCUAAAGUUCUUCAUAGGCCCUUGGAUGAACACCUGACAAGCCUGGAUGUGGGCACUCAUGACUACGCUGUUUGGCUCCUCCUGAAGAAAUCCAAGGCGAAAGAUAAAGACACACGGCUGCAAGCUGUCCAGGAACUGGCAGAGAGCUCUCACUGGCAUGAUUACCAAUACAGGACUGUAGCUCAGGCCUGUGAUCAGCGGACAGCAAUUGGCUUGGCUCGAUCCAAGGAUGUUGAUCUGCGAUUCUUUUUGCCCCCAUCUCAGUUGCCCAAGGUGGAUGAUGACUUCUCCAUAGAAGAUAGACUGAGACAGUUGCUGGCCUCUCUUCCCCAGUCUGAGGUGGAUCAAUGUGUGCAGUACUUCACAUCUCUUGCUUUGAGGGAAAGCAGUCAGGCCUUAGCAGCACAAAGGGGUGGAUUGUGGUGUUUUGGAGGAAAUGGAUUACCCUAUGCACAGAGUUUGAGCUCCGUGCCUUCUGAGAAAGUGGAAUCAUUCUGUUUGCAGGCAUUGGUUCAGCACUCUAAGGUUCCCAGUCACUGUGAGACAAUUGUAGCAAAAGGUGGUCUGCAACUCUUGCAGAGGGUAUACCAACUCCGGAAUGAUUCCCAGAAAAUACAGAGGAACAUUGUCCGUAUCAUAGGAAACUUGGCCCUGUGUGAGAAUUUACACGCAGCGAUAGUGCAGUCAGGAUGGAUUUCUGUACUGGCGGAAUUAAUAAAAUCCCCACACAAUAUCCAGGCCUCCCAUGCAGCUAGAUCCUUGGCUAAUUUGGACAGGGACGUGUUGCAAGAGAAAUAUCAUGAUGGAGUGUACGUUUUACAUCCUCAUUAUCGUACUAGCCAGCCAGUUAAGGCAGAUGUCCUCUUCAUUCACGGUCUGCUGGGAGCAGCAUUUAAGACGUGGCGACAGCAGGAUCAAACACAAAAUGGGAACGAUACCAGCGAAAAGGAGGACUACACUGAAUGCUGGCCAAAGACAUGGCUGGCUGAGGACUGUCCUAAUCUAAGGGUCCUGUCUGUUGAGUAUGACACUCAUCUCAGUGACUGGAGAGCAAAGUGUCCUAUUGAAAACCAAAGGAGGUCUAUGGCUUACAGGAGUCGUGAGCUACUCAAUGCGAUAAAGGCAGCUGGUGUUGGGGACAAGCCUUUAGUGUGGGUAGCACAUAGUAUGGGAGGACUGCUUGUGAAAAAGAUGCUCCAAGAUGCCUCAAAGGACCCAAGUUUGCAGACUUUGAUAGACAAUACCAAAGGCAUCAUCUUUUACAGCGUUCCUCACCAUGGCACUUUAAUGGCGGAAUAUUCGGUCAAUGUUAGAUAUUUACUUUUUCCUUCUAUAGAGGUUAAGGAACUCAGUAAAGAUUCUCCUGCGUUGCGAGAACUGAACGAGAGCUUUCUAAGCAUGGCCAAAAAAAGGGAGUUUGAAGUGUUAAGCUUUGCAGAAACCUUGCCGACAACUAUAGGCCCUAUGAUGAAGAUGCAUGUUGUGCCAGUGCAUUCUGCAGAUUUGGAAUUUGGUGACCUAAUUCAGGUAGAAGUCGAUCAUCUGAACAUUUGUAAACCAGAGAACAAAGACUCUCUCCUCUACAAGCGCAGUUUACAGUUCAUCGUAGAUGCACUGGCAGACGUACUCUGCAAUUAAUAAAUACUUUACGCAAAAGAUUCCUAUGUCACAGUACUGUUUUAACAGCUUAUUACCAGCAAAUAAAUGUCCUGUUUUUUUUCUUCUUUUGUUUGCAGAUGCAAAGUGCCAUUUUCUGUCUGUUAAAAAUCACUUUGUCUCGCAAUAGGAUAAGCAAUAUUAAAUCAAUAAAUGUACUGGAAUAUUUAAAUUUUACUGUUGAUGGAGAUUCUGAUAAAAACUCAAACAGGAUUUAGCCAUUAUCUUGAGAGCCCCUUACAACUGUUUACAGUUCUAUCACAGCACGGCAGUAGAGAACAGUCAGUUGUUCUACUGUUAAGUGGAUUUGUUGUCAGAAGCCACUGGUGUCAAAUAGAUGAUUUAUUCUUUACUGAAGCACCGAAUGUGCUUGGUUUUGUUUCAGUUCAUAUUUAUAAAUACAUACUUGAUCUUGCGUUUACAUGGCCAGUAAUAUUCCACUAGUAUUCAGAAUACUGAAUAAUCCAAAUAUAUAUUCUGCCAUGUAAACAGCAUGUUCGGAAUAUUGGAGGUGGCAUAUUCCUCUGUAUGCGGAAUAUCAAGCCAUGGAAAUGGCAUAUUCAGACUAUGAAGUGUAACCCACAACAGGCACGUGCAAUAACUCACAGCAGUUACUUUUGGUCUGGUGAGGUAGGGUUGCGACCUGUCAGUUUGACCCGAACAUACAUACAUCAACAUUUAAAAACAGCACACACUUAUUUAUUUAUAUGUAAUCACAGCUCUCAAUGACAGAAUGUUCUUUGAAAAAUUAACUAUGCAUGUGUGACGGGGUACUCCCACCCAUGAGCGUAUUUCGUGUUUUGUUAUUCAGAUGUUCUGUUGUGUGUUUUAUUUAAAAACACGCCAUUUUAUUGUUAUUAUUGUUUACAGCUGGGGUUAAAAUGCCCCAUAUCCAGAUAAAAUCAUGAGAAUGCCUGGUCAACAGGAGUGAUUAUUGGCAAACUGGCUGUUGACCACGCAUAUGAGCAAUCCAGUGCCGAAUGUGACAGAGGCAUAAACUAGGUAAUUAAUAACCAGUUAAUCCCUCUGUCACAAUAUAAAAACCUGCAGCUGUGGCUGAACGUGGUGUUUGUUCAGAGACGGUACAAGAUGCUUGCGCGCGCGAGAGAGAGAGAGAAACUUAAAUUUAAUAAUUGCUGCUGGUUGGUGUGUUUGUCUGUUUUGGGCCAUCGUGCAUUUUGUUUUGUAUCUGUUUUGUUUCUUGUUUAAACCUUUUAUUUUACAAUAAAUCUGCGCACUAGCGCAUUCAUUCGUUA